AUGGAAUUCAUAAACGUAAUUGUGUGCCUGGUGCUUCUUGUCAUUCUGAGUUCUAUACAUGCCGGUGAGGACUUCUAUUCCCUUCUUGGCGUAGACAAAGGGGCAUCAGUAAAAGAAAUCAGGAAAGCAUUCAAGAAGCUGGCAAUCUUGAAACAUCCUGAUAAGAAUGUUGAAGACGCAGGAGCCCACGAUGUAUUUAUAAAAAUAAAUCGAGCAUAUGAGGUUCUCAAAGAUGAAGAUCUCCGUAAAAAGUACGACCAGCAUGGAGAGGAAGGUCUCAAAGACAAUUUUCAACAGGGCAGACGGUACGAGAGCUGGCAGUGGUAUCAGCAAAACUUUGAACAGUCUGUCGAAGGCACCAGAGAGCCUUGGUUUAUCAAUUUCUAUUCUACACACUGCUCACACUGCCAUGAUUUGGCACCCACGAGAGAAAAAUAUCAAGGUGAGCGCAGUACUGAAGCUUUGGUGGAAAGGGCACUUCAAAAUGUAAAGGCUGAAUACCACAAAAUAGGGUCUGAUAACUUUGAAUUUCUGAUAAAAAGCUGUGAGAGUAGCCUUCCCUGGCUAAUCACAUUUUGCGGGGAUGAUGGAGACUGCCUGGAGAAGAAAACAUGCAUUAAACUUGCAGCCAUGUUGGCCGGUUUGGUGAAUGUUGGCAGGGUCAACUGCCAUCAAGAGGGAAAGCUGUGUUCAAAACUGGACCAAGGCCAUGGGACAUUCUUCUAUCCAGAUAGCAGUAUUAACACAAACAGUCGAUUGGAACUCACAAGCCUGUAUGCUCGAGACAUUGCUACUGCAGUUCUAGAACAGCUUCCAGAUGUUGAGAUAAUCAGACAGGAAACAUUGCAGAAUAUUCAUGACAAGAAUCGAGAAACAACUUGGCUGAUCCAUUUUGUGAACCAGAAUGGAAAACAGGAUUUGGAAUUGAGAAAGUUGCCAGCUUUACUGAAGCAGUAUAGGGUGGGCAGGGCUGACUGCUCAGAGAUGCAGCAGCUAUGCCAGAAGCUGCAUGUGAACAAGUUCCCAUCUUUUAUCCUGUAUAAAGCCAGGGGUGGAGUAGAGGUUUAUUAUGGGGGUCGUGUAACAGCACAUGAUAUCGCAGCCUUUGUCCACGACAGUGCAGACAACCCACUAGAGAACCUGGGCCCAGCUGAUUUCCCCGACCGAGUGGUUCACAGUAAAGAUCCUUGGUUCGUUGACUUCUUUGCUCCUUGGUGCCCACCUUGCAUGCGUCUGCUCCCGGAGUUUAAAAAGGCUUCAAAAUUUUAUGGUUCGAAGGUCAAUUUUGGUACAGUCGACUGCACAGUGCAUGGAAAUCUAUGUAAUCUGUAUAACAUACAUUCCUACCCUACAACAAUCUUCUACAACCAGAGCAUACCAUAUCAGUACCAUGGGCAGCAUCGCAUGCAAGAUAUGCUGGAUUUCAUCACUGACACACUCAACCCCCGUGUCAUCUCACUAGAUCAGGCAAGCUUCCAAGAACAAGUGUAUAACAAGGGCACGGAUGAUAUUUGGUUGGUGGAUUUCUUUGCUCCCUGGUGUGGUCCCUGUCAGCAGCUGUCCCCGGAGUGGAGAAAAGUGGCUAAGAAAUUCAAAGACAAAUCAACAGUGCAUGUUGCUCAAGUAGAUUGUGAGGUAAACAAGCCAUUGUGCAGAUCCCAGAAUGUUCAUUCUUAUCCUACCAUCAGACUGUACCCUGCUGGCUCCACAGGUUCUGGAAUACACUAUGCAUACAGUGGCUGGCAUCGGGAUGCAACCUCUAUCGAAGCCUGGGUCUACAAUUACUUGCCCAGUAAAGUGACAACAUUGACAGGUCGCAACUUUCACAGCCUGGUCUUGGAUAGCCAGCAGCCGUGGAUCGUGGACUUCUAUGCCCCCUGGUGCGGUCACUGCCAAGUGUUUAAGCCGGAGUUUGAGAAUGUGGCAGAGAGUUUAGAAGGCAUUGCCAAUGCAGGAAAAGUUGAUUGUGACGCAGAACCCGGUAUAUGCAACCAGGCUGGUGUUGGAGCAUAUCCUUCAGUGAGGAUGUAUACAGGGGCAGAGAACGGGAAUAGACAGAAUGCUUAUGGGUGGGAUAUAGACAGCCAGAAUGCUGACUACAUCAUUCGAUUUGUGAAGAAUAAUCUUCCAAGAGAGAUAAAGCGGAAGGACGAGUUGUGA